AUGGCUCACCUCAGCGCAAGUCGCGUUCUCUUCGAGGAGGGUCUCUACAGCGAUGUCACCGUCACACUCCAGGUCCCUGGCUCACUCAAAAAAAACCUCCACCUCCACGCCCGUAUUUUGGCCAAGGAGAGCGAGUUCUUUGGGACCCUCCUGUCUGGUAAAAAAGACCAUGGCGACAAGGCUAUCUCCUUACUCGACGACAAGGAUGCUCAAGGUUCUCAGAGGAUCGAAAUUCAGUGUGCCGAUGCAUCUGAGCUCUAUGCCUACGAGUCUGCCCUCCGUUUGCUCUAUACUGGAACUUGGUGCUCUGACCGCGACUUCCAAACCAGCUCCUUGGAUGCACGACUUCGCCGUGGGAUGGAUGUGAUGGGCUUGGCCACUCGUUUGUCUCUCAAAGGCACGACGAGCGCAUUGCUGCAGGACGAGAGUCAGCCCGAGUUGAUGGAAAAGCUGAGCAAGUCGUUGAGACCAGAGGAUCGGGAAGACGACCAGGCCAUUUUGAGGUUCGACAAGGACGCGCUUCAGCAGAUGUGCCGCGUUGCCGUCCUCAAAGUCGAGAUUCGAGACCACUGCGAGCUGGUCAUUGCUCGGAACCUCUAUGGGCCCAAAAAGUUCCGAGACCUUCGCAUGGCAGAGGUUCAGUUAUCUGAAUUGAGACCCGGCUAUAUCUUCCCUCCAGGCGGACAAGAGUCGAUCUAUCUCCUCAAGGGGGCCCCCUCCUUGCCUCUCCAUCCAUGCAGAGCCUCGAAUAUCGAGGCCCUUCGCCAGGUCGUCGACUACUACACCGCCUACAACUCUCAGAAACCACUACGGACGCGCGAGUACUAUGUGCUUCCAGAAGACAACAAGGCAUCCAAGGAUGACAAAACGUCACAGACCAUCAACACAUUCUAUAAGGUUGCCUUCUCGACCGGAUACCAAUGGCUUCUGGACCAAGUCAUCAAAGUCAGGGCCCCAUUCGAGCUGGUUGUUCUCAUGUUGAAAGACGCUAUCGACGAAAAUACCGACUCUCGCAGCGACGUGUUCUUCGGCGAGUUUGCGACCGUGCUGGAUGGGGACGUGUACCUGCAGGGCGUCAACUACAUCGCAGAGGGACUUUUACUCGCCUUCCAAGACCCCACGUUGGAGUCCUUCCGCAACCCUGGAGCCUCGGGAUCAUUGCUCAACAUGAUCUCGUACGGUGUCAACUCCUUGACGGACUUGCCACCCCUUCGAUCCAAGCCCAACCAGGACGACGCUGGAGUCACACAUAUCCACCAAGACUACCCCGCUCUCUCAACACUGGUUAUGGAGUUCUUCUGGCAGGUUCUUGAGCUGGCCCUGAAGCGGCCUCACCAUCUCGAAUUUGUUCAGCUCCUUCUGGAUUCGAUCACCAAGAUUGCACCCCUGACUCCUUUCGAGGUUGUUGACCGGAUCGAGGAGCGCCUCGCUGAGCUUUUGGAGGAGACCCGGAAGAAGAUCAUGGAGCAACGUGGCGAUGAUGGAGCAGACGACGAUGCGGACGCAGGAUCGGAUAAUGGCCAUGAUAAUAAAUCAGAUACCUCAGACAAGGACAAGGAGGAUAGCAACAAGGAGGAAACCUAUGCCCGAGCCCGCGCAACUGCCGACAACCGCCAAGGCGACUUCUCCAGAUAUGAUGAUCUUGAUGAGCGCACAUCUAUGGUCAGCAGUGUGCUGUUCGCCACAGAACCUACACACUCUGUCAAGCCUGGUACCACUAUUGACGAAGAGGAUGAUGAGUCUUCAUCGCGGCAUGAGCAGGAGGAGCAAGAGGACGACGCCGAUGCUGAACCUGAACCUGAAGUCGAGGCAGCUUGGAUGAGGCCCGAAUACCUGCAACCUCUUUGUUUGCAGCUGCUCACAAAGUUCCCCAUGACUAUCCAGUCAUCGUUGCUCUGGGCCAUCCAUGAUUUGCAGCUGUUGUAG